AUGGAGCCUUUACCCGAUGAUGACCCCCGGUCCGUAGAUCCAACACCCGGGGCAGCCCAGUGGGCACUCAUGGCCCUCAACCCAAGCGGGGAGAGGCAGCUCAUGGUCGAGUACCUCGGCUCCGGGUACCAGGGCACCGUCCUCCUGUGCCGCGAGCUCGCGGGCGACAAGCUCUCGGUCCUCAAGUGGAGCAGGAAGGCGCACAGCAAGGCGGGCAUGGAGCGGCCGGACCGCGAGGCGCGGGUCGCCAGGCUGCUCGGCUCCUCGGAGAGGGCGGACCGCUUCGCGAGGCUGCUCUCGUCCCAGGACAUGGCUGGCGGCUGGCGGACGAGCUGGUGGGAGUUCUACAACAUCGGUGGCAUACAGAACCUGAGUGAGUACAUCCCCCCGCGCACGAAGCCACCGCUCAGCCUUGUGUGUCGCAUCGUGGCCCAGGGCCUCGAGGGCAUACAGCAUCUGAACGAGCUUGAUAUGCGCCACAUGGACCUGCACGUAGGCAACGUCUUCCUCCAUCUAGCCGACGGCGCGUCGUGCCCGGAUGCUGUGAUUGGCGACUUCGGGUACUCUCGUCUUCCAGGAGAGGGCCCUCCCAAGCACACCGCCUGGGACUGGCGGAGGAUGAGCUCCUCCGAGAAGGCAGGGCAUUCAUCGCCGCCGUUGGCCUACGGGCCUGAGGGAACGAUCGAGAACCGUUCCUGGCGCCUGAAAUGGGAUGUCGACAAGUUUCUAUAUAAUGUUAAGAGAGAGCUCCUGGACGGAUUCUACGAGGAGGAUGAAGAGACCCCACUUGUAUUCUCUCUCUUCAAACACAUGUCUGACAUGAUUGAGCAGGACACCGAAGACCGUAAGCUGCCAGAAGCUGAGAGGCCCCCUCUCCAGGAUCUUACUCAAAUGAUCCAAGACGCGAAGACCCUAGAGCGUCUUUACGCGGACAUGGCUUCAGACAAGCAGGCACUCGAUAGGCUACGAGAAAAUCUGCUGAAAGAUCAGAGGCGGAGAUACCUAAAGCCUCGCGUCUUCGACAACGAGUGGGUUGCUCGCAACAAGUUUCGGGAAUAUCUCGAUGUCGGACUGGUCAGGGUUGUCAAUCUGGCUGACGAAAAGUCAAUUGAAGUCGCGACGGCGGAGCUUGCAUCGCUGGGAGUCGAGGGCGCCGCGUACGUGGCGGACCAUAGUGACAGGAGCGGCUCCAGCCCUGAUCAUAGCACAUCGCCCCCUUCGAGUGAGACGCGCGAGAGCAGCCCUGUGGUACACCCUGAGCAGCAGCUCUCUGAAAGGGAGAUUGCCGAGCAGCAGGUUUCUGAAAAUGGCAGUGCUGAGCAGCAAAUCUCUGAAAGGGACAUUACUGAGCAGCGAGUGUCUGAAAAUAGCAGUGCCGAGCAACAAAAUCCAGCCACAUCGUCUUGUCCGUCGACUCGUUGGUCCCCUUCCACACGUGGCCUGGCCUCAGCGACAGCCUUCGCAGGCGGCGACGCCUCAGCCGUGGGCGGGCUGCUGGGGGUUCUGGACCUUGCGGAGAGAGCCCAGGCGUUGGUUCGUGAUGAGCAUGCUCGCAGGCGCCGAUGGCAGCGUUUGAGAGAUCUGUUCCUCCGACGGUGA